AAUUUCUGUUUAUCCGACAUCCAUCGCAGGUACUUUACUGGUUAGCUAUAUCACCUCGCCCCAAAGCGCUCCCUUGUCCCUUCCCGGUAUCUGCCUCGCUGGUUUUAUCGGAAAAUCCCUGUCGAAGCUUCGUUAGCAAAUGGCGACCAUAUUGAACACGGUUUCUUCAAUUAGAUUAGCCAACGCUAAGGUCCACAGUCUUCCAACCAGUAGGCUUGCCGCACCGAUUUCUGUUCCAUUCUCGUACUCAAGAAAGAGACUAAUAGUAAGAGCAGCAGAAACUGAAGCCAACGAAGCAGCAAAACCUCAAGCACCCAAUAAAGCGCCUGCGGCCAAUGGUUCGAAUUUGAACCAGCUCCUUGGCAUCAAGGGAGCAGCUCAAGAAACAAAUAAAUGGAAGAUCCGUCUUCAACUCACAAAGCCUGUGACUUGGCCUCCAUUGAUUUGGGGGGUUGUCUGUGGAGCUGCUGCCUCUGGAAACUUCCACUGGAACUUGGAAGAUGUUGCCAAGUCAAUUGCUUGCAUGAUAAUGUCUGGACCAUGUCUCACUGGAUACACACAGACAAUUAAUGAUUGGUAUGACCGAGAGAUUGAUGCAAUCAAUGAACCUUAUCGUCCAAUUCCUUCUGGAGCAAUUUCUGAGAGUGAGGUUAUUAUCCAGAUUUGGUUGCUGCUUUUAGGAGGGCUUGGCUUGGCUGGUCUGUUAGAUGUGUGGGCAGGACAUAACUUUCCUGUAGUCUUUUACCUUGCUGUGGGUGGAUCCUUGUUGUCAUACAUAUAUUCUGCUCCGCCUCUAAAGCUGAAGCAGAAUGGAUGGAUUGGAAACUUUGCACUAGGAGCAAGCUAUAUCAGUUUGCCAUGGUGGGCUGGUCAAGCUUUAUUUGGGACUCUUACGCCUGACAUUAUUGUGCUUACACUCUUGUACAGCAUAGCUGGGUUAGGUAUUGCCAUUGUAAAUGAUUUCAAAAGCAUUGAAGGAGAUAGGGCAUUGGGUCUGCAGUCUCUUCCAGUGGCCUUUGGUGUUGAUACUGCUAAAUGGAUCUGUGUUGGAGCCAUUGAUAUUACUCAAAUAUCUGUUGCUGGUUAUCUGCUAGGGUCUGGGAAACCUUAUUAUGCUUUAGCUCUACUUGCUUUGAUAAUCCCACAAGUGGUUUUUCAGUUUCAAUACUUUCUAAAGGAUCCCAUCAAGUAUGAUGUUAAAUAUCAGGCUAGUGCACAGCCGUUCCUCGUCCUGGGUCUUUUAGUGACGGCUUUGGCAACAAGCCAUUGAUUUGCAUAGACAGUGAGAGAGAGAGAGAGAGAGUUCAGUAUCCAUGUACGCGGAAAAAAAACCCCACGGCAAAUGGAUCAGUGACAAGAAUGCGCAAAACUGGAACAGCGGAUACGAGAUACAGGCAAGUGAGCAAUGUCUACAUUUGCUGUAAUGCCUGCGUCGGCCGUCUCGUAAGACUCUCUGUCCACCAUCAAGUAUAUGCUAUUUGGAAAAUCCGCGUGAGAUUGCAUCUUCCAUGUAUGUUUUAUUAUGGGGAAACCACGCCAACAAUUGUUCAAUAGCACAUUAAUGAUUUUUUUUCUUUCUUUCUUUUUAUUGUUUGGUUAUGUUCUGUGCUCUUAGCGACACCGCUGACUGCUCUAUCUAGUUUACCAUUCUCUUCCA